AGCUCGGCGCUGCGGGGAGGGCAGUGCCCGCCACGGGCCUGAAGGGAGGCGGCGGCUCUCCUGGCUAAAGCAGCGCGAAUCAUACAGUCUCUUCUCCUUUCUUCUGGUUGCACAGUUGCUGCAAUAGCACCAAGAUAAACAAGAGCCUAUGAGGACUUGCACCUCCCUCCUCCCUCACAGAUGGAAGACUCCAAGGAAAAAAUCAUCCUGAAUAUUGGGGGAGUCAGAUAUGAGACAUACAGCAGCACCCUCCGGACCUUCCCAGGGACCAAACUGUGCAGCCUAACGGAGCCCCGUGCCUCAAGCAUCUAUGACUAUGAUCCCACCACCAAAGAGUUCUUUUUUGAUAGGAGUGCUGAGAUCUUCAGCUACGUGUUGAACUAUUAUAGGACCAAACAUUUCCACUGCCCCAUUGAUACCUGUAGGUCAGUCUUAGAAGAAGAGCUGGCUUUCUGGGAAAUAAAUGAGACACAGCUAGCAUCCUGCUGCUGGCUGAAGCUGAAUAACAAAGAGGUGGAGCCAGAGGAGUUUAACAUUUGGGAUGAAAAUGAGCAGACUGAUGACCAGUGCCUCAUAGUCCAGACCGAAAGAAGGGAUUUCAGCUGGCGAACCAGGUGGCAGCCAAAGAUUUGGGCUAUAUUUGAAAAACCCUUUUCCUCUUUCAGUGCUAAGUGCUUGGCUUUUGUUUCUCUGCUGUUCAUCAUUGGAAUUGUCAUCGUAUUCUGUGAGGAGACCAAGGCACAAUUUGAAUUUUUCACUGCUAACUUCACCUCUGUUGGCUACUCUGAGGUCUCCCACAACGACCAUGAACCUUAUUACCACCAGGCUGCCUACUUGCUUCAUCUGGAGCUUUUCUGUGUUCUCUGGUUUACUUUUGAGUUCUCUGUGCGAUUUUGUUUCUGCCCAGACAAGAAGUGGUUCCUCCAAAAUCCCCUGAACGUGGUUGACUUCCUCUCUCUCUUCCCAGUUUAUAUUGAACUCUUUGUGGCUGGGCAGAUUCAGAGAAUGCCAAGCCUGGGGCUUUGGUUGGGCUUUGUUCGCAUUGUCUAUCUCCUCAAACUCCUGAAGAUAUCCAAGCUGAUAGAAACGCCACUGAUCCUCAGGGUUCUGUGCUACACCCUCAAGUCUAUCCUUAGAGAGAUUUGCAUCCUGCUGAUGAUUUUGGCCUUUGAGACCCUAUUCUUUGGUGCUCUCUUUUUCUAUGGGGAGUUGCUGGGUAGCCAUCCCUACUACACAGGGGAGCUCCACUUCACUGACAUUCUUGUUUGCUUCUGGUGGGCUUUGAUCACACUCACUACAGUGGGCUAUGGAGAUAUUAUUCCUCUCACCACAGUCGGCCAAGUGACGGCUGCCUUAGCUGCAGUGUUUGGCAUGUUGACUAUUAUCAUCCCAAUACCCAUUUUCCUGGUGAAAUUUAAAAGCUAUUAUGAUAUUGCUGUUUUCAAACAGAAGCUGAAAAGGACCAAGAAACUUUAACGCUUCAGAACCUCUGUUACCCUUUGCCUUUAGCAACAAAGCUUCAGCAUGGUUUAUUCCCUUUGGUGGGAAGGGAGCACACGUAGUUCUUGCUGCAUUUGCUUGCUGCCUUAGCAUAUUUCAAACCAUUGGUGACGCCUCAGGUAGGAGUACUCGAUACACAACUGAUUAGACCUGCUGAAUCCCGUGGGUCUUUCCCAUAUUGUGCUUCAUCCCAUGCUCUUCUACACACCACAGUUUCUCCCUGUCAUCCAGCUGUUGGAGACAGGCUGUGAUGCUGCAUUAAGAGCCUAAGUGUGUACCGCAUAGCCUGGUUCUGUGACCUAGGGCUGCAGUGUAUUCCCUCAGCUGGCAUACAUCCCACAAUGCUAGCUGUGCCCUCCGUCACCUGACAGACCAUAAUCUCAUUUUGCAGGCUGGGAAAGAAGGUUUGUGCAUGGUCCUGCUCUGACAGCAAUGAGGAAGCAGGUUUUUGUUUGUUGUUUUCUUUUUUUUUAACGAUGUUCUGUUUCCCCAUUUUACUUAACCAAGCCAGUACAUCUGGUUUGCCUGCACUUACACACUGGUGUAAAGAAGGGAGCAGGCUGAACUGAGUAUCUGUGGUCCUGAGAGCCAGUGCUGUUUGAUAACCUGCUUUAUGGUCUCACAGGAAUUGCUGUGACAUUCAGGUAGCAGCAAGGGAGCCCUCCAACAGCAAAAUCUUUUUGGCUCUGCUGAAGUCAAUGGCAACCUUUCCUUGAGCUUAGUGAUUCAGUGCACACUUCGAGUGGAUCAACAGCUCUUGAUUUUUAUGUAAUGUCACUGAGAUAUUAGCCAAAAUAUCUUACAUUUUUCCUGUUCAAAAGAAAGAACUUAAUCUACACUACUCAAUAGCAUUUCAAUGUCAUUUACUUUCUUAAGGCAUAGAUAUAAACUAGGAACAUUUAUCUUAUAACUGCAUAGUCUUAAUUGUUACCUAUGUUAAUUUUGAAAUAACAAAUAUUGUUGAGGCAUGAAA